AUGGCUUCUUCCGAUCCAGAGGAGCAGAUACUGGUGUUCCACACUCCAUCUGGUCAAUCCUUCAACGUGCCUCUUCCGUAUCUAGAGGAGUUUACCCAGUACAACAUCCGAGUGUGCAUUGAUUAUGGAGCCCAGCUAGGCGCGACAGUCGUGUUGUUUGUGAUAUUAUUACUGCUAACACGUCCCGAAAAACGUCGCUCUGCAGUCUUUCUGUUGAAUGCUCAGGCUCUGCUAUUCAAUUUCCUUCGCUUGUUAUUCCAGUGCAUCCACUUCACAACUGGAUUCGAGAGAAUUUAUCCUUUUUUCUCUGGCGACUACUCCGAUAUUCCAAUAUCGGCAUAUGCUAUCUCGAUAGUUGCAGUGGUCUUCGAAUCUCUCUUGGUUGUCUGCUUCGAAUGUUCCCUUGUUCUUCAGGUUCAUGUCAUAUGCGCUACCGUCCGUCGCCGAUACCGCCGCCUCCUGCUCGCACUCUCCAUAGUCAUGGCACUUGUCCCUAUCGGCUUCCGCAUGGCAUUCAUGGUGAUGAACUGCAAGGAAAUAAUCGAUCUGACAUCCUUCCAAAGCAUAUGGUGGUUGGAAAGUGACACGGGCAUAUUCAUCACAGUCAGCAUCUGCUUCUUCUGCGCUGUCUUCGUGACGAAGCUAGGAUUUGCAAUUCGACAACGUCGCCGACUCGGAGUUCGAGACUUCGGUCCCAUGAAGGCGAUCUUCGUUUGUGGAUGCCAAACCAUGACUAUUCCUGCUAUCUUCACAAUCAUCCAAUAUGCCACUACGGUUCCCGAGUUGGCAUCUAAUGUUCUUACGCUCGUCACCCUGUCUCUCCCGCUUUCGUCUAUCUGGGCCGGUGCUACCCUCAAUGUUCAACAAAACGACUCAAUUCCUUUGCGUCGUCAAAAUCUGUGGCAGACACUUGCAUUUGGUGCGGACAGCGCUGGUAGAACUAAACAAUCUACUACCACGAGCGCGACUGCGACGGAUACUACAUCUAGCUCUGCGGCUCGAACCCUGUGCUAUGCCGAACAGGACUAUACCAAGCAGUCGCAUGAUUCUGAUACGCCCUUUGGGAUUUCCGUUGAGCAUGACAUCUCUGUCACCAGCACACAUCGACAGGAUUCACUAGUUUGA